AAAUUUGCAACACAAACAAACAUGGUGGAGAGUGAACGUGACACAGAGCAUGGAGACCGUACCUAAAACAGGGGCCACUUCGGUCGCAUGGACGUGGUUUGGGUAUGAAAAGUCUGACAAGGGCAAAAUAUGCCGCAGGCCGGUCCCGACAACAACCUCAAACGCCACUAACCUAUUUUACCACCCAUGCAAGAAUAAUGUGAAACAGUACGGAGAGAGUCUACGGAUGAGACCCAAAAAAGUAUAGUUGAGUGCUCAAAACAAACCCCCGACUCAGACGUUGCAAGAUGCUUUUGCUCGCGGCACACCAUAUGGCAAAGAAUCACGAAGAUGGAAGGCGAUAACAGCUGCUGUUACAACUUACAUCUGCAGAGACAUGGCCCCAAUUUACACGGUCGAGAAACGGGUGUUUUGUGAGUUGGUGCUAACACUUGACCCAAGCCCGAACUCGCUUCGCCAUGGAUCAGCAUCAGGACUUCAACUCGGGCACGGACGGCCACGCCGCCCUGCAAUUCAACUCUGGGGAGACCACGGCCUCGGCUGCCCUAGCCAACAUGACCCUGAAGGAACCCCUGGACCAGCGGGAGGUCAAGAAGCCUAACGGGAUGCCAGACGCACACAUGGGACCUGGGGACAUGAAAGAUGAUUUGCUGGAGCUGUCACCUGAACUGAAAUCACAGCCUCAAGCAGCAGUGUCAGAGGUCUCUGUGUCUAAGAGCGCCCUCUCGGCUACCCGAGGGACGACCGCUACAGGUCAAGCCAAGGCCGGUGCAGGGGCUGGGAAAGAAGCAGCUGAGAAAAAGACACCCAACGCCACCACACCUGCCAAAGCAUCCACCCCCAAACGACCCUCCUCGGUCCAAACCACCCCCAACAAAAAGCCUUGGUCCUCUUCCUCUGCCCCAGCCUGCAACACUAGCAGGCCCAGCUCAAUAUUUAAACCCAGUCCAGGCAGUGCAGGAGCCAGAGAACCGAGGCCAAGGACUGGAGAUGGGAAGACCGCCAGCACCAGGACACCAGGUGCUAAACCCCAGGGUGCUGGGUCCAGGAUGCAGACCAAGACCACUGCUGGAGUGGAUUCCCCCAAGACGCCCCAAGAUCGUAGUGGCUACAGCAGCCCCAGCACACCCAAGUCCCCCGCCAGCCGGGAGGUGAAGAAGGUGGCGGUGGUGCGGACCCCUCCUAAAUCCCCUGGGUCCAUGAGGGGACGCAGUCCGGUGCCCCUGGCCGUCCCCAUGCCCGACCUGAAGAACGUCCGGUCAAAGAUUGGCUCCACGGAGAACAUCAAGCACUCGCCUGGUGGAGGACGGGUUCAAAUUACUCACAAAAAGAUUGACCUAAGCAACGUACAGUCAAAGUGUGGAUCGAAGGCCAACAUUCACCACAAACCAGGUGGAGGCAAUGUGGAGAUCAAAUCUGAGAAGAUGGACUUCAAGGUUCAGUCUAAGAUUGGGUCCAUGGACAACGUUGGUCAUGUGGCUGGAGGUGGCGGGCGGAAGGAGAAGGAAGCUGAGGGGGUUUCUGGAGGAGACACCUCCCUAAAUGGGGAAGGUCCUAGCCCCAGCCCUACUGGCCUCUCCACUGAGCCCCCUCAAUCACCCCGUUCUGAACACAGCCCAAUCGAGGGGGCGUCCUGGUAAAGCUAGAAGUCUCCAAUUGAAAGCCACAAAUUGAGUUUCCGUGAGACGGCGAAGGCCCGCACCGACCACGGAGCGGAGAUUGUCCCCUUGGAGAUCAUCACAGGCGGCUCACCCGCCCAUCUUCUCAGCAACGUGUCGUCCCCCGGAAGCCAGAACAUGACAGAGACGCCGCCGCUAUCCAUGCUAGCCGACCAGGUCUCCGCCUCCCUCGCCAAGCAAGGCCUGUGAUUCGACCACGUCCCUCCCUGAAAAAAAGCAUUGUAGGUUACCAAGGGAACCAACCGCGUGAUACAAAAGAGAAACGAAGAGAAAAAGAAGCACCUCACUCAGUCUCUCCCUUCUUCCUUGAAAUUCAAAUUCGCUCGCAGGAUUUGCCGACCGGGGAUAUCAGUCAGUGGUCCAUUAAUGAACAGCUGUUUAUGGUCUUGAUAGUUAGGUAGACACAGGUCAUGAAAACAUAUACGUGAAAGAAAAGCAACAUUAUUCUAUACCCAUAAACUCGCAGCCAGGCCUGCUUAUAAGAUACAUUUACCUUACUUUACAUUUAACAGUGCAAUUAAUUGGGCUGCUCAAUUUGAACGCAAAUGCUCGCAUGAAAAUAUUGCGCAUUGCCACGCUGUGGAUGUUUUGAAUAUGCUAAUUUAGGCCUUAAAAUGUGAAGUAGCCAAAGACUCAACUCUUUUCUCAACUAGAAAAGGUCAGCUAAAUUCAAGUGAUACUGUACUAUACCAUUCAAACGAUGUCAAGUGCCAAAAGACCGCUGCCCUUUCGUGCUUAAAUCACUCCGAUAUUCCCCAGUUGAGAAAUCCGCGAAGAUUUAUUUACGGGACUCUGAAAUUGGAACGUUGUCGUAAACAGUUGCUGUGAUGUAAUGAAUAGCGUGUAAGUAAGGCACAUUGACUCUGCCUUUGAGAUGAUUAAAAUAGACAUCGUUUGUGAAAUUAUAAAAUAAACUAUUUAUGAGAAAACACCCAAAGUAUUUGACUUGGAGUUAAAGCCCAUGUCCUGUUCAAAACAAUUCAAGGAUCCCAUUGCUGAGCAAUUGAAAGCAAUGAAGUAAUCAAUGAAUUAUGAUUUAAUGGAGUAAUUGGGCUACAACGUCAAUCGAUUGGAUAAGAUUGCUAAUUUGAAGUUGAGGGUUUUUUGUUUGUAUGGUAUAGUCUACUUGCCGGUAUGUUGGUGGUAUAUCAUCAAUACUAUGUUUGAGAAAUGUAUAAAUGCCUAUUGGGAAUAUAUUGACUGAUUCCUUAUCAUAAACAUAGCUCAAAUUUGCCACAGUUAAAAAGUGCCUACCAAUGGCUUAUAAAUUCACUGCUCAUAUCUAGUCAACAUUUCAGAAUAGUUAACGGUACAAUUACGGAACAUUCAUAAUUGUGAUUUGUGAUUAUAGUAUAAAUUAUAAAUUGUGAUUAUAGUAUUUAAUGAAUGCAUAAUAAAUGCUUGCCUGGCUA